CAGAGGUGGGGGAGGAUCUGCAGAAAUAAGGCGUGGGCACUACCCGGCCCGAAUAUCUGGACAGGAGGCAAGACUCAAUGACCUCUAGCGGACGAGGCCUCCUGGGGGGAGCACGGUGCGUGCGUGCGUGCGUGCGUGCGUGCGUGUGUGUGUGUGUGUGCUGUGUGUGUUUUGCACGCUUUCGCCGGCCCUCCAGGGGGCGGUAACGUGACUCUCCUCCCGGAAGUGCUUCGGCCUGCGAUUACGCAGAAGGAGGUUACCAGAGCAUAUACGCGGUUGCCAAGGCCACCAGGAGAGGGAAAGCUUGCUUAACUGUCGGAAAUUCAGUACCCCCACCCCUCAACUCUGGGACAGGGGAAAUCUCGCGCAUGCGUACUGUAGGCCCUGGAACCCGUUCUUUCUCCCCCCCCCUUCGAGCUAUGAGAAACUUCGCCUUAGACUAACCUCUACGCAGGCGCAGAAACCCAUCUCGCCCCCUCCUUUACCAUCGGACGCAAGCGCACAAAGCCGCGCUGGCAACCUCCGCAGUGGCCGCGAGCACCCUACACUCGUCUGGCUGCUUUUUUUCCCCGCGCACCUUUUCAGGCCCUCCGCGAGGUCGGCUCUUCUCUUCCGCUCUCAGCAUCGAUAGAGCCAGGUGUCGAGAGCCGGGACCCCGCCCCCCUUCCGGUAUCUCUUCCCCUAACCCACUUCGCCUGUGUCCUCCCUCCCUUUCGGUUCUCGAAGCCGGAAGGAGCCGAAGCUGCGACGGAAAAAACCGAAGUUGUGCAGUGCGAGGCUUUCCCGAAGCCGUGGCGGAAGGAGCCGAAGUUGUCCGGAAGGGGAGGAGUGAGCGAGUGGAAUCUCCGUAAAGAGCCGAAGCUUGGAAUAGAGCUUAAUCUGGAGGGGCUGGAGGGCAAGCGCUGGAAACCUUCGGAAAGGGCCGAAGGCUGGGACGGUUAGGGUUGUCGGAACUGGCCGACUGCUUGAACAAGGCCGGCGAGGAGAGAGGCGGAUCUCUAAGUCAAAGACUGGGACGGUUUGAAUUAUCGGAAGAAGCCGAACCCUUACAGGGGGCUGGGCGCAGAGGAACGCGAGGACCCACGGAAAUCUCCGAACGUUAAGGCGCUAAUCUCUGAAAAGUUACCGAAACUUGGGAAACCGGCGAAACCCCUGCUUCGGGUAUUUCCGGAGGCAGCUUCCGCCUGCCCACUACCAUCCGCCUGCCGACUAGGUCUACCAUCCGGGAAUAGCCGACGGGCUUCGGAGCCAGGCUCGGGGGAGUAGGGCAGCUUGCGCGGGGGGCGGGCGGGUGGGGAGAGGGGGCGGAGCCGGGGCGGGGCGGGCCGCCGUGGGUUUGAUUAGGUAGGCGACGGAGCUCCGGCGGCGGCCGGAAGUAGCCGAAGCCAGCGGCGGAAGUAGCCGAAGCGGCCGGAGCGGGCGGGCGGCAAGGCGAGGCAAGAGCUGCACAGGGCCCUACGCGGCCACCUCAGCAUGUCGGACUUCGACGAGUUCGAGCGGCAGCUCAACGAGAAUAAACAAGAGCGGGACAAGGAGAACCGGCACCGGAAACGCAGUCAUAGCCGCUCUAGAAGCCGGGACCGCAAACGCCGGAGUCGGAGCCGGGAUCGGCGCAACCGAGACCAGCGCAGUGCCUCCCGGGACAGGCGGCGACGAAGCAAACCUUUGACCAGAGGCGCUAAAGAGGAGCACGGUGGAUUGAUUCGUUCCCCCCGACAUGAGAAGAAGAAGAAGGUUCGUAAAUACUGGGACGUACCACCACCCGGCUUUGAGCACAUCACCCCAAUGCAGUACAAGGCCAUGCAAGCUGCGGGUCAGAUUCCAGCUACUGCCCUUCUCCCCACCAUGACCCCUGAUGGUCUGGCUGUGACCCCAACGCCGGUGCCCGUGGUUGGGAGCCAGAUGACCAGACAAGCCCGGCGCCUCUACGUGGGCAACAUCCCUUUUGGCAUCACUGAGGAGGCCAUGAUGGAUUUCUUCAAUGCCCAGAUGCGCCUGGGGGGACUGACCCAGGCCCCUGGCAAUCCGGUCUUGGCUGUGCAGAUUAACCAAGACAAGAAUUUUGCCUUUUUGGAGUUUCGCUCAGUGGAUGAGACUACCCAGGCCAUGGCUUUUGAUGGCAUCAUCUUCCAGGGCCAGUCACUGAAGAUUCGCCGGCCUCAUGACUACCAGCCAUUGCCUGGCAUGUCGGAGAACCCCUCUGUCUAUGUGCCUGGAGUUGUGUCCACAGUGGUCCCUGAUUCUGCCCACAAACUGUUCAUUGGAGGCUUACCCAACUACCUGAAUGAUGACCAGGUAAAAGAACUGCUGACAUCGUUUGGGCCUCUCAAGGCCUUCAACCUGGUCAAGGACAGUGCCACAGGGCUCUCCAAGGGCUAUGCCUUCUGUGAGUACGUGGACAUCAACGUCACAGAUCAGGCUAUUGCGGGGCUGAAUGGGAUGCAGCUGGGUGACAAGAAGCUGCUUGUCCAGAGGGCGAGUGUGGGCGCCAAGAAUGCCACGCUGGUGAGCCCCCCGAGCACCAUCAAUCAGACACCUGUGACCCUGCAAGUGCCAGGCCUGAUGAGCUCUCAGGUGCAGAUGGGUGGCCACCCAACUGAGGUCCUGUGCCUCAUGAACAUGGUGCUGCCUGAGGAGCUGCUGGAUGAUGAGGAGUAUGAGGAGAUUGUGGAGGACGUGCGAGAUGAGUGCAGCAAGUACGGGCUGGUCAAGUCCAUCGAGAUUCCCCGGCCCGUGGAUGGUGUUGAGGUGCCCGGCUGUGGAAAGAUCUUUGUGGAGUUCACCUCUGUGUUUGACUGCCAGAAAGCCAUGCAGGGCCUAACUGGCCGCAAGUUCGCCAACAGAGUGGUUGUCACGAAAUACUGUGACCCCGACUCUUACCACCGCAGGGACUUCUGGUAGAGGCGGCUGGGGGAGGAUGGGGGCAGGGCUGGCUGGGGGCUUCUCCCACCCCCCCACCCCCCCCUUUUCCCCCUCUGAAGAUGAUGGGCAGAGGAGUGACAGCCGAAUGACAGCCGGCAGCAACUGGAAUGGCAGCAAUUAAGGGGGGGGGGUGGGUGGCGGGUGGGGGUUGGGGCAGGGAGGGGACUGGGGAAGUGCACACAGGCCCACACAGACACAUGCACCCACACAGACACAGAGGGAAGGGGUUGGGAUGGGGACCGGGUGCACAGCAGGGCGGGUAGGACCCCCAUGGCCCCUCCCAAAACAGCCUCCUUCUCCCUUAUGCCCCUUUUCUACCCCCCCCUUCCCUAUGGUAGGAACAUAGCGUGUUUAUAUUUUAUGGCCAAACUAUUUUGAAUUUUGUUGUCUGGCCCUCAGUGCCCUGCCCUCUCCCUUUGCAGGACCACAGCUCCUGUCCUCUGGCUUCUGGUCCUCCCUGGUCUCUGCCUUGGUUUCUUAAGUAGUUGGUUCUCUCCUCUUUAGUCUUCCCUUAUCUGCUCCCAGCCCUGUGGCCCCUGUCCCUCUCCUCCUCUCUGUGGCAGUUUCAUAUUUGCUAAGACGAAUUUGCUCAUUAAACAUUUUGUUGUAUUUUACUUUA